AGUCAAGGAUGAGGAAAUGGACUUCACUCAUAUGGAGGAAGAACAGCUAAAUUCUGCCCAAAGGGACAUGGGCAUGGAUAUGAAAGUGGAGAAUUGUGGGAGCCUGGUUUUUUGGGAUUCUGAAUCUAUACCUGAAACUAAAGAAUCUUUUUCAAAGCAAAGACUUUAUGAAGAAGUGUCCUCUGAAAGAGAGGUGAUAAUAGAAAGACUUGUAAAGGAUGAGGUCUGGGACUCCAGAUUGAUAGAAGCCUUGCAAUAUGAAGGCACAUUAGAAAGGCAGCAAGGACAGCAGAAGAAAGAUUUAAGGCAAGCCAUAAUUAAACAGAAGAAAAACCCUGUGGAGGAUUGUAAUGAAAUUGGGGAAAGUUCAAACCCAAUUAAACAUAAAAACAUUUACUCAGGGAAAAAGCCCUGGAAGUGCAAUGAAUGUGGGAAGUCCUUCAGUUACUACUCGGCCUUUAUCCUACAUCAGAGAAUUCAUACUGGAGAGAAGCCUUAUGGAUGUACUGAGUGUGGAAAGGCCUUCAGUCGGAGCUCAUCACUUAUUCAGCAUCAGAGAAUUCACACAGGAGAGAAACCUUAUGAAUGUAACGAAUGUGGGAAAGCCUUUAGUCAUCGGUCAGCCCUCAUUCAGCAUCAUAUCAUUCACACUGGAGAAAAGCCCUAUGAGUGCAAUGCAUGUGGAAAGGCCUUCAACCAAAGCACAUACCUUAUUCAACAUCACAGAAUCCAUACUGGAGAGAAACCCUAUAAAUGUAAGGAAUGUGGAAAAGCUUUCAAUGAUACCUCAUCCCUAAUUAAACAUCAAAGAGUUCAUACUGGAGAAAAACCUUAUGUAUGUAAAGAAUGUGGGAAAGCCUUUAGUGACAGGUCGGGCCUCACUCAACAUCAGAGAACUCAUACAGGGGAAAAGCCAUAUGAAUGCAGUGAAUGUGGGAAAGCGUUCAGUUACUGUUCAGCUCUUAUUCAACAUCAAGGAACCCAUACUGGGGAGAAACCUUACAAAUGUAAUGAAUGUGGGAAAGCCUUCAGUGACCGCUCAGCUCUCGUAAGACACCAGAGAAUUCAUACUGGAGAGAAACCUUACAAAUGUAAAGAAUGUGAGAAAGCCUUUAGCCAGAGCUCAUCUCUUACAAAGCAUGUGAGAACUCAUACUGGAGAGAAACCGUAUAAAUGCAGUGAUUGUGACAAAGCCUUCAGCCAGAGUUCAUCUCUUAUUCAACACCAGAAAACCCAUACAGGAGAAAAACACUACAGAUGUAGGAAAUGUGAGAAACCCUUCAGUGUGCGUUCAGCCUUUUAUGAACAUAAAGACAAUCAUGAUGAAUAGAAUGCAGUAAAUUCAUGAAAUAAUUAUAUAUU